AUUAAAAGUAAAAAUGUCAAAAGACGGCUAGAAAAUACGAGAAAUUGUUUGUCUAUUCGUGUUUACAGCUAAUUUUGCCAAAAGAAAUGAAAAUAAUGGCGCAAAUCCAGUUUAAACUAUGUUAGGUGACAUCCAACUCACCAAACGUUUACUUAUUAUUGCUUUGGUUCUUGUUGUUAUUCUAAUUUUGAAGGAAUACGUGUUUGUUUAUCCGACAUGACUCAACAGAGGGUUGCAUAUUUCUACAACGCCGAUGUGGGCAACUUCCACUAUGGGCCCGGGCACCCCAUGAAGCCGCACCGGCUGUCGGUCACGCACAGCCUGGUGCUGAACUACGGCUUGCACAAGAAGAUGCAGAUCUACAAGCCUUACCACGCCAGUGCUCAUGAUAUGUGUCGCUUCCACAGUGAAGAUUACAUAGAGUUCUUACAGAAUGUCACCCCUCAGAACAUUCAAAGUUACUCGAAAGAUUUGUUGCACUACAACGUAGGUGACGACUGCCCGGUGUUCGAGGGUCUGUUCGACUUCUGCUCCAUGUACACGGGCGCGUCGCUGGAGGGCGCCAUGAAGCUCAACAACAACGCCUGCGACAUCGCCAUCAACUGGUCUGGUGGACUGCAUCAUGCUAAGAAAUUUGAGCCUUCAGGUUUCUGCUACGUGAAUGACAUUGUCAUAGCAAUACUGGAGCUGCUGAAGUACAACCCUCGGGUUCUGUACAUUGACAUAGACGUGCACCACGGAGAUGGGGUGCAGGAGGCAUUCUACCUCACUGACCGCGUCAUGACCGUCAGUUUCCACAAGUAUGGAAACUACUUCUUCCCGGGAACCGGAGACAUGUACGAGAUUGGAGCUGAAAGUGGACGGUAUUACUCCGUCAAUGUGCCCCUGAAGGAGGGUAUUGAUGAUCAGAGCUAUGUUCAGGUGUUCAAACCAGUGAUCCAGAGCGUGAUGGAGUUCUACCGUCCCACAGCCAUAGUGCUGCAGUGCGGCGCGGACUCGCUGGCGGGCGACCGGCUCGGCUGCUUCUCUCUCUCGACGAGAGGCCACGGAGAGUGCGUCAAGUUUGUUAAGAACUUGAACGUGCCGACGCUUGUUGUAGGCGGGGGCGGCUACACGCUCCGCAACGUGGCGCGCUGCUGGACGUACGAGACGUCGCUGCUGCUGGACGAGGCGGUCAGCAACGAGCUGCCCUACACCGAGUACCUCGAGCUGUUCGCGCCGGACUUCACACUGCAUCCGGAUAUCAGCCGGCCCGACAACACGUCCAACGCGAACAGCAAGCAGUACCUGGAGGCGAUCAGCAAGCACGUGUACGACAACCUCAAGAUGUGCCAGCACUCGCCCGCCGUGCAGAUGACUCAUGUUCCCGGCGACUUCUUCCCAGAAGAGUACCGGAUCAAAGAGGAACCGGACCCAGAUGUGCGCAUGACUCAGGAGGACCAAGACAAAAUGGUGGAACCCAAGAACGAGUUCUUUGACGACGAAAAAGACAAUGACAAGGAGCCAGUGACCAAAGUGGAGGAGCCAUAGCAUACGAGCAACGGGUUGACCGACCCGUUGGCUAUUUGACGGCCCCGCGCGACACUGCUUCGUGCUGGUUGAAAGAAUGGAUUUGAAGUGACAAGUGUAAUGUGUGACGUGAUGGAUUCUGUGAAGUGCUAAGGACAUUGGAUUGUUACGGUGUGGUGCGUGGACACGAAGGGUUAAAGUGAUUAGUUAAGGUUUAGAUUAUAAAUAUUAUUAGUGCUUUCAGAUAAUGUGAAAGAUAACUUUAUUGUAGUGCUGUUUGGUACAUUUAAUCCCGUCAUUCCUUGAGUAGUAUUGUCAAAGACAGUAAAAUAUUAUCAUCUAUUUCUACAUUGCAUCUUGCUGGAAAUAAAUUAUAAUAAUACCUACUAAUAGGUUGAGCUUAUGCUGAAAAUUAGUAAUUUUUGUCCAUUCUACUUUUAGCUAACAAUAAAAUAAAUUUUUUAAACAAUGAGUUUCAAGAAUACAAAUUGAAGUUAGAUUUUUGUUGAGAAUUAAUCUUCAUACCUAAAUACUGUGUAAUUUUUCCUAUAUAAUUUAAAAAUGAUUAUUUUUCUUUAUUGUAGAGUGAAGAGUAGUAGAAAUUAUGUUCAUUGAGUAAUUUAAAUUUAUGAAUAGGCUUCCUUUUUAUACAUUAUGAAUUAAGAAUUAUACUGUACAUACUAGACUUUAAAUUUAAUAUACAUAGAUUUAAACAAAA